AUGUUUGAAAUCGAUUAUGAUUUAAAAAAUUCUCUUUGGCAUGGACUCAAUGUAUUUAUAAUGGCUACGAAAGUUAACGUAUCGAAGAAAUGUGAAUGGAAUCUAUCGGGUAAACAUUCUGAAAAACAUUUCAUGAAGGCUUCUAGUGGCAGUUCCUAUGGCGAGGAUGGUCAAGAUGGUCAAGAUGGAUAUUCUGGCGAAAGUAGUGGAAAUAUCAUGAUAUUAGCUGAACAAAUCGAUCAUCCUCAAAGUUUGUCAGUGAUUCUAAAUGGUGGACAUGGUAGUGAUGGACAAGAUGCAGGUGAUGGUGCUGAUGGAAAAGACGGAACAGGAAUUACGAUGAGUGAAUUGAAAACGAAAUAUCCAAGUCCCAUACGCUUUUUGUCUCUGACACAAGAUGUUUCCACUUUAUUUACUAAAGUAUCAUCGAAAGGAAAAGCGGAGAUAUACUGGAUCAAACAUCCGAAUAGAUAUAUCGAGGUUAAGUUAAGUAAUGGGGAAAAAAUCAUCUACUCGUUAAGUAGAUAUGGUGAUUUUCAAUGUUACUUAUUAUAUAAAGGAAGCAAAGGUGAAGCAGGAGGUCGUGGUGGAUUGAAUGGAUUAGGUGGAGAUGGAGGAUUUCAAGGUGAAUGUAUUGUUACAACGAAAGAUAAUAAAGUAUUUCCGGUUCACAUCGCAGGUACGAAAGGUACUAGGGGUCAAAAUGGAAAACCCGGUCGAACUGGCCAAUAUGGCAAGAAUGGAUGGGAUGUUGGCUAUACAGCUUACAUAUAUUGGACACGUAUAGAUGAAUUCGGUGGAAAUCACAAUCAACGACUAACUAUGGAUUAUUCUAUGAGUAGUUCGAAUCGAGUUUACUGUGGAUAUCGUUAUGAUGAACUCAGAUCUUCAGCUUGUUAUGCGACCAUUAAAGCAUCAGUUCUUGAAAAUCGUAAAUUAACCGAAAGCGAGAAGUCACGCGAAGCACGUAAAGAAGCAAAGGCAACUCGCAAAAAUGUCUUGUCAAAAAUAGCUUUGGAGAAAGAAUACAGUGAACACUUUGAAGGGUGUGGGGUGUGGGUGUGGGUGUGGGUGUGGGUGUGGGUGUGGGUGUGGGUGUGGGUGUGGGUGUGGGUGUGGAUGUGGGUGUGGGUGUGGGUGUGGGUGUGGGUGUGGGUGUGGGUGUGGGUGUGGGUGUGGGUGUGGGUGUGGAUUCGGGUGGUGUUCGUGUAGGUGUGGUCGUGGGUUUAUGUAUCAGUAUUUGUGUAAAGAAGAUUUUCACACCCACACUC